GUUGAAGAGUAGGCCAGCAGUCAUUUUUGGCUCAAUUUACAAAAUGACGAGAUCACUAGAAAGCCUCGAAUGGUCGCUAAUAUUGGGCCGGCUACCAACAGAAGCGACACACACACCACAAAGUUCCCUCGUGGAUCUCAUCAUUCAUGGCCAUUAUCACAAGGCUUUACAGUCCCAGGCCGCCGUCGAGGUGUUCGGAAGUAACGUCGACAUUGGUUCUGAUGAUAUACGGUGUAUAACAGAAAGCUUUGAUGCAACCCCUUUUAUACUCUCUCGGUUGAAGACCUACCUGGCGGACACAGAAGGAGGUCAAUUCGAACGACAAUUUGAAGUACUCUGUGUAGGAGUGGCUUGUUUGUAUGCUUUUCUUCAAAGUGGAUGGACUGGUCCACGUCUGAACAUGGAACCAGUGGACAUUCUCCCCGAAGCUGUACACAAAUAUUCUGAAGACUUACGGAAGAAGGCAUUGGAGAAUUUAGUUGAGGAUGGCGAGGAGGUUUACUCAUUGACUCCACGACCCUUGUUUUUGGUCUAUGCCAAAGUCAUUCUGGUAGAUGGCGCUAGCCUACUGUCGGAUCUGAAAAGUACAUCCUGGUGGCGGGCGCGUACUCUAUUCACUCAGCAGAAGCUCUUGGAAAACCCAGCGGCGACUUUGUGCGACGAUAUCCUCGCAUCCUUAGAGCAAGUGGCCGCAGACAUUCCAUCAGAAGAUGAUACCAAUGGCCGGGAACUGCGUACUAGGUACAAUCUUGAACUUGGCCUGGUCCAUCAUUGGUAUAAACAGGAUAGCAAGUCGGUGCCGUACCUUGAGGCUGCGCAAGCAGCUAGCAGGUUCAAGUGGACCUUGACUGGUGCCCUUGGGAAGCGUACAAAGUUUCAAGAGUUUGACGUCUCCCAACUCGUGGUAAUGGCGGAAAGUGCCCAAGAUGUGGAAGAAACCAAUGACAAGGAACAUGGAACUCAGUGCCAACCCAAGACGUUGGCGCUGAACGAUGAUACAUUAUUGGAGACUAUUGAAUUUACCCAGGAUGCCAGUCAAGAGGGUCAGAGUGCCGCAACGCAGGGCAACCUGAAGGUGAUUGAUCAAUGUAUUCUUCUUGCGUUCUGUUUAAAUGUCAAAAACACGAAUCCUGCCCAUGGUCUGACAACAGAAGAGAUGUUGCCGUAUGUGCGGCGCGUAUUGGAAAACGCUAACAACUGGAUGGUUCACACGAUGGGGUUACUUUUGAGGUCUCGCCUGGAGAGCAACAAAUCCCGCACUGUGGAACGAGCGGCAUUACAGCUGCAGGCACUUGUCGACCAGUUCCCUCUGGAAGAGUCGUCCGUAUCUGAUCGUAUGCUGCACAUCUUUUCAAUAAUGCUUCCCGCGAAGUGGGAAAUGGAGCGGGAGCUUGCCGAGCGCUUUGUUUCCCUUGGUGUCACCCGUACAGCUUUAGAGAUCUUUGAACGCUUGGAGCUAUGGGAAGAUGUUAUAUCCUGCUAUCAAAUGUUGGAGCAGGACAAGAAGGCCGAGGCUCUUGUUCAGGAACGACUAAAAAUAACACCAAGAUCACCCAAGCUCCAUUGUAUACUGGGCGAUUUGAAGCAAGAUCCAUCGUACUAUGAAAUGGCUUGGAAACUAUCAGAUGGAAGAUAUGCUCGUGCCAUGCGAUCACUUGGAGCUUAUUACUUCAAGCGGAGUGAAUGGGUCAAGUCAAUCGAAUGCUACCACCGUGCACUCGCAAUCAACUCAUUAUUUGAAAACUCGUGGUUUGUGAUGGGUUGUGCUGCUAUGCGGGCGGAAGAUUGGGACCAAGCGGUUAGGGCGUUCAGCCGUGUGACAUCACUUGAUCACGAAAACGGUGAAGCAUGGACAAACUUGGCGUCUGUCUACGUUCGACAAAAGAAGAAGCGAGAGGCUUGGCGAGCUCUUCGCGAAGCUAUCAAGCAGCAUUUUGACAAUUCGAAGAUUUGGGAAAACUAUUUGUACACCUCUAUCGAUCUCGGGGAAUUCCAGGAAGCUAUUCACGCCAUGGAGCGAGUGCUGGAUACGAGGUGGGAUAAGGCAGGCGAAAAAGAGAACGUAGUUGACGUCGAGGUCUUGGACAUUCUGGUGAAUGCAGUGGUGAAUGAUAUCGCAGACGCCAAAGGUCAACCAGCUUCCCGACUGUCAAGCAAACUCAAUCGGCUGUUGAAUUCUAUAACAUCAAAGGUUGCCACGAACCCAGCAGUUUUUAGCUGCGUAGCCAAAUUUGCUGCCUCCCGAGGAUUGUACCGUCGUGCUCUUGAUUACCGGUUGAAGGCCUAUCGAUGUCUAUUACAUCACCCACAAAUGGCCGAUGAUGAAUAUGUCUUCAAGAUGACGGUCGCAAAAGCACUAGAGUUGGUAGAUGCAUACGUUACGGAUGGACCACGUAUGGAGGCUGUUCGAAUGGGAGCUACAGAGGAUGACCCUGGUAAGGGCGAAGAGGCGCGGCAGGAAGAAAUGGUCUGCAAGGAUUGGGCCUAUCAGGCGAGAAUGGUAUUGAGGACAUUGAUUGGGCGAACAAAGAGCACAUUUGAAGAUCAUCCGCAGCAUGAUGAACUGAAGGGUAAACUACAAGAGAUUACCGAACUAGCACGGGCGUGAGGUUGAUACAGUUUGCAUUGCAUUCAUUAAAGAAGGAAAAGGCUUUUCAAUGUAUAAUAGAUGUGGCAAUUCUGUCGCCUUUCAUGUAUUUAAUACAGCAUAAAUAUGACGGUCCUUCCAUCUUGUGGCUGGGCACGAUAAUUAGCA